AUGUCCCUGAAGGUGCAGACGAGCAACAUCACCAACAAGAACGACCCCAAGUCCAUCAACUCCAGAGUCUUCAUCGGCAACCUCAACACAGCUGUGGUCAAGAAGUCAGACGUGGAGAGCAUCUUCUCCAAGUAUGGGCGGGUGGUGGGCUGCUCGGUGCACAAGGGCUACGCCUUCGUGCAGUACUCCAACGAGAGGCACGCGCGGGCGGCGGUGCUGGGCGAGAACGGCCGCGUGCUGGCCGGACAGACGCUGGAUAUCAACAUGGCUGGGGAACCAAAACCCAACAGACCCAAAGGGCUGAAGAGAGCAGCCUCUGCCUUGUACAGUGGCUAUGACUUCGACUAUGACUAUUACAGAGACGACUUCUACGACAGGCUGUUCGAGUACCGGGGCCGGGUGUCGCCGGUGCCCAGGGUGGUGCCGGUGAAGCGGCCGCGGGUGAGCCUCCCGCUGGUGCGGCGCGUCAAGGCCACCCUGCCGGUCAAGCUCUUCGCCAGGUCGGCUGCCAUCGCCACCAGCUCGGCCAAGCUGAAGUUGAAGUGCAGCGAGCUGCAGACAAUCAAAACUGAGCUGACACAGAUCAAAUCCAACAUCGAUGCUCUCCUGGGCCGGCUGGAGCAGAUCGCCGAAGAACAGAAGCUGUCCGUAGAGGUGCGGAAGAAGGCAGAGGGCAGCAAGAGUGAACUGUCGCAGGAGGACACAGCCUCAGAGGCUGAGGGCACCACGGAGGAGCCGCUGAACGGGGACGACGGGGAGGAGGAGGGCCUGGCACGGGAGGAGUGUGAAGACGAACUGGAGAACAGCCAUUACACAGACGUGGAGGAUGCCAGGCUACAGUAA